CUGUCCUUGGAUGUUUUUGUUUCUUGUAAAAUUUGCGAUUACAAAAUCAACUUGUUUGAAAUUCACUUAAGCUCUAUAGAUUGAAUAUGCACCUUAUCCGUUGGGAUAUGUUUUUGUUUUUUUUGCUUUUUUCUCAACUCUGUAAAAUUUGCGAAUACAAAAUCAACUUGAUUCGCGAAUGUUCCCGUUGACAUUCCUUCAGUCUUGCUCCUUCGGUUUUGGUUACUUGUAUUAAUCAUUUCCCCAUAGCGAGGAGAAGAUACUUCUAAGACCUUACAUAUAGGAAUCAAAUUCUUAGCCAGGAGACCUCAGUUAAAUUCAAUUACGCCCACUUUGCCCUGGCAUAAUCUGACAAACACAAGGGAUUUUACAGAAUGGAAGCAGCUAAUGGUCCUGAUACAGAUUUGUCUGCACCGGGUAACCAGUUUGCACAGUUUGGGGCAGGAUGUUUCUGGGGAGUAGAGCUUACUUUUCAGAGAAUCCAUGGAGUCACCAAGACAGAGGUUGGAUAUUCUCAGGGGACUGUCAACAACCCCACUUAUGAAGCUGUGUGCAGUGGCAACACUAACCACUCUGAAAUUGUGAGGGUUCAAUAUGAUCCAAAUCAGUGUAGCUACGAGACCUUGUUGGAUGUCUUUUGGGGUCGUCAUGAUCCCACUACUCUCAAUCGUCAGGGCAAUGAUGUGGGCACUCAGUAUAGAUCUGGUAUAUAUUACUAUUCGCCUGAGCAGGAGAGAGCUGCCAGAGAAUCAAUGGAAACGCACCAAAACACUGUCAGUCAAAACAUUGUGACAGAAAUCCUGCCAGCCAAAAAGUUCUACAGAGCAGAGGAAUACCAUCAGCAAUAUCUCGAAAAGGGUGGUCGUUUUCAUUCCAAACAAUCUGGAGCUAAAGGUUGCACUGAUCCCAUUAGAUGCUAUGGUUGAAACCAAGCCAAUGAAAGCCUAUUGAAUUUCUCUCAACUAAGAAUAAGAUGUGUGCUGAUGCAAAAUAUUCAGUCUAAUAUUAGCUUAUAUGAUGUUAGAACGUGCCUUGUUAGGCAAGUGUGAUUGAAGUAGAAAAUAAUUUUUUCAGUCAUGACAAUGCAAAAGGUGUCAUCUCUACAAAAUCUGAUACGAUAUUAGAAUUAUGAUUUUAUUUGUUUUGUUGUUCAAAUAAUGUGCAAGGCAUCUUUUGAAUUUAUGCUUUAAAUUUACCUCA